GCAGCGGCAGCCACUUGCUAGAGUGCGGGAGCCUUCGGGACGCGCGGUCCAACGGGGAGGCGCCGGCCGUGGACGUGGUGCCGGCCGACCUGGCCCACGCGCAGCAGCAGCAGGCCCUUCAGGUGGCAAGACAGCUCCUCCUUCAGCAGCAGCAGCAGCAGCAGGUUAGCGGGAUCAAGUCUCCCAAGAGGAAUGACAAGCAGCCAGCCCUGCAGGUGCCCGUGUCAGUGGCUAUGAUGACACCUCAAGUGAUCACCCCCCAGCAGAUGCAGCAGAUCCUGCAGCAGCAAGUGCUGAGCCCCCAGCAGCUCCAGGUGCUCCUGCAGCAGCAGCAGGCCCUCAUGCUCCAGCAGCAGCAGCUUCAGGAGUUUUAUAAAAAACAACAGGAGCAGUUGCAGCUUCAACUUUUACAACAACAACAUGCUGGAAAACAGCCUAAAGAGCAGCAGCAGGUGGCUCCCCAGCAGCUGGCCUUCCAGCAGCAGCUCUUGCAGAUGCAGCAGCUCCAGCAGCAGCACCUCCUGUCCCUGCAGCGCCAAGGCCUCCUGUCACUGCCGCCCGGCCAGCCCGCGCUGCCCCUGCAGCCCCUCUCGCAAGGCAUGAUUCCAGCAGAACUGCAGCAGCUCUGGAAAGAGGUGACGAGUGCGCACCCUGCCGAGGAGACCACGGGCAGCAGCCACAGCAGCGUGGAUCUGACCACGGCCACCUGCGUCUCCUCCGCCCCUGCCAAGACCUCCCUCAUCAUGAACCCACAUGCCUCUACCAAUGGACAGCUCUCAGUCCACACCCCCAAGAGGGAAAGUUUGCCCCACGAGGAGCACCCCCACAGCCAUCCGCUGUACGGACACGGUGUGUGCAAGUGGCCAGGCUGUGAAGCAGUGUGCGAAGAUUUCCCAUCGUUUCUGAAACAUCUCAACAGUGAGCAUGCGCUGGACGAUAGAAGUACAGCUCAAUGUAGAGUACAAAUGCAGGUUGUUCAGCAGUUAGAGCUACAGCUCGCAAAAGACAAAGAGCGCCUGCAAGCCAUGAUGACCCACCUGCACGUGAAGUCCACGGAGCCCAAAGCCGCCCCGCAGCCCCUGAACCUGGUGUCCAGUGUCACGCUCUCCAAGUCCGCGCCAGAGGCCUCUCCGCAGAGCUUACCUCAUACUCCAACCACCCCAACCGCCCCCCUCACGCCUGCCACCCAAGGCCCCUCCGUCAUCACCACCACCAGCAUGCACACGGUGGGGCCCAUCCGCAGGCGGUACUCGGACAAAUACAACGUGCCCAUUUCUUCAGCAGAUAUUGCGCAGAACCAAGAAUUUUAUAAGAAUGCAGAAGUUAGACCACCAUUCACGUAUGCAUCUUUAAUUAGGCAGGCCAUUCUCGAGUCUCCGGAAAAGCAGCUGACACUAAACGAGAUCUAUAACUGGUUCACACGAAUGUUUGCUUACUUCCGCCGCAACGCGGCCACGUGGAAGGGUGCCAUUCGCACCAACCUCUCACUGCAUAAGUGCUUUAUCAGAGUAGAGGAUGAGUGUGGGUCCUUUUGGACAGUUGAUGAUGAAGAGUUUAAACGUGGCCGCCAUAUUCAACGAGGCCGUCCUCGCAAAUACUGCCCCGAUGAAAACUUUGACGAGCUUGUCGCACAUAACCCUUCCCUCAUUAAAAACAUGCAGAGCAGCCACGCCUACUGCACGCCUCUCAGCGCGGCUUUGCAGGCGUCCAUGGCUGAGAAUAGCAUACCUCUGUACACUGCCGCCUCCAUGGGGAACCCCACUCUGGGCGGCCUGGCCAGCGCCGUGCGGGAAGAGCUGAACGGGGCGGUGGAGCACGCCAACAGCACCGAGAGCGACAGCAGCCCCGGCAGGUCCCCCGUGCCAGCCGUGCAUCCUGUGCACGUCAAGGAGGAGCCCCUGGACCCGGAGGAAGCCGAAGGGCCUCUGUCCUUAGUGACCACAGCCAACCACAGUCCAGAUUUUGACCAGGACAGAGAUUAUGAAGACGAAGCAGUAAAUGAGGACAUGGAAUGAACGUCUGGGUAGGCCGACCCCAAAAAUGAAGAUUGGAAAAAAACAAAACAUGUCAAAAAUGAGCAGUGACAUUGUUCUCCAUUUGCUGUACAGUCUGGAGGAGUCACACUGCAUUUUGACAAAACUCUGAAAGGUGUAACUCAGUGCCAUCCAGAACCCCAUUUGGGAAUAUUUUUGAUUUUUCUACUUUUUGUUGAAAAAAGGAAUUUGUACUCUGUGCAUUGGAUGGACUUGUUUGGUACUUGGGAUUUUCCUCUCUUAACAGUCAACACCUGUUGUAAAUUUGCUAAACUGAUUCGCUUUUAGCAGCAGACUUUGAACUGCAGUCCUGCCGACGUUGGACCCUGAGGACACCCAGCUGAGCAUGUGCCCCUGCGCUGCAGCCACGCCUCUCCCGGAGCGACGGUCCAGUCCGCGGGCGGCCUGCUUGCACAGCACUGCAUGUUGAUUAUCACUGCCUUUACUCCAGCGCGGGGUUUUGUUGGUUUGGGUUUUUUUGCUUCCAGUUGGGAUGGGGAAGGCCUUUGUGUGCUUAUUGGGGGGAGGGGGUUAAAAAUAAUGAUCCCAGACUUUUUAAUGUAUUGCUUUUUCUUCUUAUUGCUUCUCCUCUACCUUUUUAAGUUCUGACCUCAGGCCUCCGCUGGGCCCACGGCCUCCUGGAGGCUUCAAGUUCUCUGUACCUUGUGAUGAAUGUUACAGGUGUUUUUAUUAUACAAAGCUGAAUGUCAUUUCUUGUUGGUAGUUUUCUGUCACUCAUUCCAUUUUUCUUCAGACAUCACCAUGUUUUCUCUGAAGUCAGAAAACAUUCCGUUUUGGUCUUUUUCAAAAAGGUCCCAAAUGCUGCACGCUACAUGUGCAGGUCCUUGCGCGGCGGGGGCCUGCGAAGAGAAUGGAUGACAGAAAAGCGUGGGCUCGGGAGCAGUGCAGGGUCCGCCACAAACAUGCAGGAGCGGGAAGGGCUGGCUCAGACCCGCCGCGUUGAUUUUGCAGCUGCCUUCGUCCUCGGGGAACGCCACAGCGCCUCAGCAGCGCCAGGAAACAGAGCACCCCGCACAUCCCAUCUGGAGACUGACGUCUGGCUGUUGGAGGCUCACCUGUGUGGAGCCCGGGGCCCAGCCAUGUAAACCCGUGCGGGUCGCUUUGUCUGCAAAGUGGCCAGAAAGCUGCUUCCCGAGCAGCUCUGCUGAAGGUGGUGGUGGUGGUGGACUUAAACAUCAGUUCAGCCCCGCUUGGUGGCAUCAAUCUGUGUGAAUGCAGAUUAGAUUUCAGAUGGAACUUGUGGGAGUUAACGGAGACCGAGUUCAGCAGACGCUAAAGUGUUCAUUUCACAUGUGCAGAUUUGCUGCUGCAGCUCAGUGUGUGUGCCACGUGAUCACACCAACCCAGUGUCAGAACUAACCGUAGGAGACACGGAGCAAGGGGCGCCUCCGGCCGGGCCUCUGGGGAGGGGCGCGCGGGAUGGGAGGGUCACGCCGGUGCGCGGCCUGGAACGCUACGCGCCUCGGCCUCGGUUGCUCCUGGAGGACCAUAGCUCUUGUUUUUAGUUUGAGAGCCCUUUGGAGCUUAAUUUAUAUUCUUUGUACCUUUUUUUCUAAAAUUACCAAAGAUAUUACACAAAGGUAAAUUAUGUUCUCUGUUUUAUGCUUUAUCUGAUGAAGCCAAAUAUCCUCUUAUUGUUGAUCAAAGGAGGCGAAAGAAUUUAGAGGCGAUGGGUGAGCUGUAGGCUGUUGCUAAGCUGAGGAAGGGCUGCUCCUUCAUAAAUUUAGAAGGCCAAGCAGAUGAUGGAACCAAAGUUGUUACUUUUUUUAGUUGGUUUUUUUCUCUGCUGUAUCUCUACAAAGACCAAAAUUCAUUCUUGUAAAGAGAGAUUAUGGGGCUACUGAGAUAAAAAUAGGACACAGUAUUAGAGCAGUAAACAAAGUGGGGGAGUCCCGUCUCAAAAACACACGCCGGCGCCCUGAGAGCCAGCGUGUCCGGCGAUGGGACAGUCAUCACAAACUCGGGGAUAGACGAGCUCCGCGGUGGAGCUGCACCGUCCGGCGUUAGCCCGAGAACACACUUUCUGAAGGAGAUUGGAUGCCACGCUGGUUUAAGGACUGUGCUGUGAUCACUGUGGUAAUCUUGGUUUCUCUUGGCAUAUAUCCUCUUUCCUUAUUUUGUUUAAAGAUUUUUUUUUUAUUUUUUUCUGAUUAGGCUUUCGCCAGCAUUUUUCAUUUUUUAAAAAAGUAACACUCCUGUCCACUCUAAGCUUGGUACAAAAACUCCUGUGGCGGUUGACUUGGAAGCGUCUUGGCUUUCUGUACCGGCGCAGCCUGUGGCCACGCGAGACCGUCAGCCUUCCUGGCCACGCAGCUCGGGGUGCGGGCAGCAGCCAGCGGGGCCGGGGAGGGCGCCCUGUGCUUCUCAACGGAGUGGUUGCUGGUUAGUUUGGUAUUCAAAAGAGGAUACAAAUCUGGUAGAUUAGUUCAUUCUCAGCAUGUGUAGCUAGACAUGAGUAAAGAUAACAGCAUGAGAAACUGUUAGUACGCAUACCUCAGUUCAAACCUUAGGGAAUGAUUAAAAUUUUUAAAAAAAGUCACUCAGUUGCACUUAGUCGUAUGUCUUGCAUGCUUAGUCUAAAGACUGUAGCAAAAGGUAAAAAGGAAAAAUUAGACUUUACAUGUCGUUGCAGGUAUCAUAGCCUUGCAGGAGAACCAACUGAAAAAAAUUCUCAGGCUUUACAGCAAGCAAACUUCGCUCUGGUUUUUACACUUCUGGUUCUGUACCCCGGGGCUGUCCCGGUCGCUUCCCCGGGGGUGGUUUAUUAUGUUGUACAUAUAUCCCAACGUGUCUGUGUGAAUCUUCGUCUUUUUGGGGAGGGAGGAGGGCGGUUCUUUUUUUAGAUAUUGUUCCUAAAAAGGAAUAAAUGCAUACACCUGUUUGUCAAAACACUUUUGCUUUUUGUGCAACUGCUUUAUAUUCAUGAUACUUAAAAAAUAGCUUUGGGGAAAAAAAACUACUGUAUGUAAUGGAAUUGCAGAAUAUGCUGCACAUGUAUUUUAUGUAGUUAUCCUUGCUUUAAGAAUAUUGGAUGACAUUUCCUGACACGUGGGAGAGAGAAAUUCCCUAACCUUUUUUUCUUUUGCUUUUAAAUUGUAACAUAGUUAACAGACUUUUUCCCCCCCUCUUCUCAUUGAUUGGAGCAUUUUGUACAGGUUUUGUGUGUGUGUGUGUGUGCGCGCGUGGGCAUGUGUGUUAAUCUGUUUUUUUGAUACAUUCCUAACCAUUGUGUCUAUCCUACACUGCCUUCCUGGUGAUCUUAAACAAGUUCAUACAUUUGAAAAGAGAAAAAAAAUGUUUUAAACAAUGUUUUCUCCUGCUGCAGUAAAUAUUUUGCAUGAUGAAAUUGCAGGGUCACACUUUCAAAGUUUAUCAGUGAAGUGGUGAUUAAUGGCGAGGAGUGUCAAAGCUAUUGAACGUUUUGUAUUAAAAAAAAAAAACUUUACAAGGUGCCAAAAUGUAAACACAAUUUGUUACAUAUUUUUUUUCCAAGGAAAAGCAUACUUUCGGGACAUAGUCCCUCGUAUCAGGCAAAUGCACUGUCAGGCAUGCCGACCCAUCCCUCUGGCCCCUAGACCCUGUGCUGCCAGCCGAGUUCCGCUGCGGGACCGAGGGCCGCCAGCGGCCCCACGGACAGGACAGCUCUGACAUCGCCACAUCCCAUCACGCCGUAACCAACACCCGGGAUUCUUAACCCUCAAAAUGAUGUAAAUCACUAGCUUUUUUAUCGUGAAAAAAAAAAAAGUUAAAUAUUUCCUCUCCUUUCCACAUUCCAGCUGAGCUCCAUUUCCAAGGGUGCAGAGAACAUGCGUUGUAAGGGUUUGAAGAGUUGCUACCUUUUGGUUAAUGGUACACCCUGUUGACACUUUGGAUGUGUUUGCGAGUUGGUUUUGCUUUUUUAUCCUGAGAAUGAGACUUGUAAUCUAAAGGCAUCCGUGGGCCCAAUGCAGUUCACACGGUCUCCCACCCAGACGCCGGGCGAAGGCGGCACAGCGGGACCGUGCUCACCCCGCUUCGAGGGUGGGCGCUGCCAGUAACAGGAAUCUUUCUGUUUUGUUUUGUUUUGAUAAGAUAUAAAAGAAACUCAUUUCUUGACAUCAACUGUAAUUCCAUCAUUCCGUGUCUGUGGAUGCAGACAAUAAAAAAAAUGUGUAGUCAGUACUGAUUACUGACAUGAUAGCAUUCUCAAAUGCAAUAAAAUGCUGGUUGUUCACACUGGUGGUAAAAGUC